AGCAGCUAUUAGCGCGAAAGGGCUCGGCGCCGCGCAGUCCACGAGCGAGGCGGCAGCCGGCGCGGCCACUGGGCUCCGCGGGCGAGGGCCGGGGCGACGCGCAGGCAGCUGGGCCCGGGCCGCGGCCUCUCCGUCCGGCCGCCUCCCUCGCCGCCGCCGCGUUUGUUUGGAUUUAACCUCCGGGCGCCGCCGCCCGCCGGCCUCGCGGGGCGAGCGGGAAGCACCCGUGCGUGUGGGUGGCGCCUGCCGGGCCGGACGCCCGCCCGCCCGCCCGCCCGCCCGCCGUCCGCGCCUCCUCCGCGGCCGCCGCGGCCCGGACCGCGGGGCCGUGUUUGUGUUUGAGCCGCGGCACCGGCCCCGGCGGGCGCGCGGCCCAGUCAGCGCGGCGGGGCGGGCGGGCCGCGGAGGCAGAGGAGCCGGGGCGCCGCCAUGGAACUGGGCCCGGAGCCCCCGCACCGCCGCCGCCUGCUCUUCGCCUGCAGCCCCCCGGCCGCGCCGCCGCCCGUCGUGAAGGCGCUCUUCGGCGGCGAGGCCGCCGGCGGCCUGUCGCCUGUCACCACCCUGACGGCCACCAUGGGCCAGCUGCAGGGCCUGGGCAGUGUGGGCGAGCAGCCACAGGAGGCCAAGAACGGCAGUCUUCAGAGGAUGGGCUCCUCAGAGUCAACAGAUUCAGGCUUCUGUCUGGAUUCUCCUGGGCCUUUGGACAGUAAAGAAAACCUUGAAAAGUCCAUGAGGAGAAUAAACUCCCUGCCUCCGAAGCUCCUGGGAUGUAGCCCAGCUCUGAAGAGGAGCCAUUCGGAGUCUCUGGACCGCGGUGUCUUCCAGCUGAUGGACCCGGAGGAGAAUAAGGAAAACGAAGCCUUUGAGUUUAAGAAGCCAGUCAGACCCGCAUCUCGAGGCUGCCUGCGCCAUGAGGAGGGGAGCGGCCUCUUCCCCCGGAGGCAGAGUUCGGCCCCAGCCCGGAUGCUUUCCUCCAGCGAAAGAGAGAGCAGCGAGCCAGGGGCCUUUGCUCCCCUCUUUCUGCCCCCGUCGCCCGUGGCUGCCGCUCUGUCUGAUGAGGAUGAUGGCUUCAUGGACCUUCUGGACGGAGAGAGUCUGAAGAAUGACGAGGAGACCUCCUCCUGCAUGGCAAGCCUCUGGACGGCCCCCCUGGUCAUGAGAAGACCUGCAAAUGUGGGCAACCGCUGCAAGCCGCUGGACUGCACCCCUGCGGGCAGCCCCGCCCUGCGCUCCGCGCUGAAAAGGCCCGACUCCUCGCGAGAGCUGUCCCCGCCAGGAAACACGAAGCGGAGGAGGAGCGCGCUCAGGGCCAGUCCCGGGGCGGCCGCCAGCCCCGACAAGGCCCGGGAGCUUCUCCAUCUGCCUCCCGCCCUGGUGUCGCCCCCAAAGGGGACCAUUGAGAACAUUUUGGAUAACGACCCGAGGGACCUCAUCGGAGACUUCUCCAAGGGCUAUCUCUUUCACACCGUCGCCGGGAAGCACCAGGACCUCAAGUACAUCUCUCCGGAAAUUAUGGCGUCUGUUUUGAAUGGCAAGUUUGCCAACCUCAUUAAAGAGUUCGUGAUCAUUGACUGCCGGUACCCGUACGAAUACGAGGGCGGCCACAUCAAGGGCGCCGUGAACCUGCACAUGGAGGACGAGGUGGAGGACUUCCUGCUCAAGAAGCCCAUCUGCCCCACGGACGGCAAGCGCGUCAUCGUGGUGUUCCACUGCGAGUUCUCCUCCGAGCGGGGCCCCCGCAUGUGCCGCUACGUGAGAGAGCGGGAUCGGCUCAGCAACGAGUACCCCAAGCUCCACUACCCGGAGCUGUACAUCCUGAAGGGCGGGUACAAGGAGUUCUUCCUCAGGUGCCAGUCUCACUGCGAGCCCCCCAGCUACCGGCCCAUGCACCACGAGGACUUCAAAGAAGACCUGAAGAAGUUCCGCACCAAGAGCCGCACCUGGGCCGGGGAGAAGAGCAAGAGGGAGAUGUACAGCCGCCUCAAGAAGCUCUGACGGCGCCUCGGACAGCCGCGGCCGCGCCUGCUCCGUCCCCUCCCCUUUUCGCUGCGGAGAAACGAGCACAGGAGCCACGAGGGCAGUUUGAAGAAGCUGAGCUUCCUCCUGCACCUCCCUCCAUGCCACACACCGAGGAUGGAGCCAGAGCACCCCGGCUGCGCCUUCUCCGUCCCUGCACCAGGCGUCCCCGCCCGGCUCUCCUCUCGGUCCCACAGCCGGAGGGGCACCGGGCACUGGACCCCUCGUGAGGGGAGGGGAGGGAGUGAAGACACGGAAGCGCUGCUGGCACACUCCAAAGACAGCUGGAAGGGAUAACCCACGUCUUAAUUUAUUCAACCUCAUCAAUCACUUUAUUGCUACUUUUAACUCCUGGAGACUUAUUUAACUGCUUCUUUGAGUCACAAUACUGCCAUUUUAUCAUCCCAAGACUACCUCUGCUUUUAAUUAAGAAAGAAAAGGAGGGGAAGAAGAGGCGGCCUGAGUGCGGGGCAGAACUCGCUCUGUCACCAGGAGGCGCUGCGUUCCCGGCUGCUGCUACUUCAAGCCAAAGACAGAUGCGGGGGGAGCGGCACUGGACUCGGCCUUGGCGAUGGGAAGCUCAACCUCCGGGCCACAUGGCUACAUGGGUGCCCUGCCCUCCCCCGUUCCCGGGGCGCCUGGUCUGGGCCGAUGAGCAAAGCACUUCAGGCAGCCUCCGCGGCACCCUGGUUCGAGGGGAGCACGGUAGCGAGAGGAUCCCAAAGGGGCGGGGGCUCUGGGCGGGGAGUGUGUACUGAGUGUCUUCCUCCCACACUCCGGUAGCUUUGGAUUCUCUAGAAAGGCAUUUUGUGCGCCCAGGAGCAUCCAAUCAGUGUUAGCGGCCCCGGGUGGCCGCGGGCUGGGAGCCUGCAUUGGGGGGGGGGUGCUGGCGUGCGAUGACAGAUGGUUCUCAGGCGGUACGGUGGGUUGGAAGGUGAAACUCCGGGUUUAUCAUGUUUUCCCUGAGGGCAGGGAGUGGUGGCCACGUCGCCAGUUGCCUCCUCGUCCGGCCCCAGGAAUGGGGGUCUCCAAGGAGCACCCCUCCUUGGAGCUGAGCCGACCAGAGGAUUCUGGACGCCGGUUCAGCUCCUGCUGGUCCCCCCUCAGACGCCAGCCCCGACCAUCUCUGCUCCCUCGGGGUGCAGCCAGGUUUCUUGUGCACGAGUCAGCCCCCCUUCCUCGCUGCCUAUUGGGGUGGGAGGGAACCAGUGAUGCUGGUGUGUUCGUGGGUUUGAGUUGCAUUUGACUAUAAAACAAUCUUGUUAGAAAAGUGAUGUGGGAGCAGGAGGGGACCCCCACUCGGUCUCUGUCUGUUCGUGGGGAUUCUGUUGGUUGAAUGCUGGGAGGAGGUGGUGGCCUCCAGGUUUGCGGUGCAGUGAGCACUGCCAACCAGCCAUCACAGCUCUGAAAUAAAACCAGUCUUGAACCC